ACUGAAGUUACUACCCUUUUUACAAUAUCGUUCUAAUGAAAAAUUGUUUACCAAUAAUUUUUUAGUACAUGUAAAUCAAACUUUUAAAUUUUUUGACAGUGUAUAGUAUUGAACUUAAUCACACAUAUAGUAGUUCACUAAUUAUUUACCGUUAUGGCCGAGUACCUGGCGUCUAUAUUCGGUACCGAAAAAGACAAGGUUAAUUGUUCAUUUUAUUUUAAAAUUGGUGCAUGUCGUCAUGGUGACCGAUGUUCUAGAAUACAUAAUAAGCCAACUUUCAGUCAGACUGUGCUAUUACAAAACCUUUAUGUUAAUCCGCAAAACUCUGCCAAGUCAGCUGAUGGAUCACAUUUGGUUUCAAAUGUAACUGAUGAAGAAAUGCAAGAACAUUAUGAUAACUUUUUUGAAGAUGUUUUUGUUGAAUGUGAAGAUAAGUAUGGUGAAAUUGAAGAGAUGAAUGUUUGUGACAAUUUAGGAGAUCAUCUAGUUGGAAAUGUAUAUAUAAAGUUUCGUCGAGAAGAACAUGCAGAAGCAGCUGUUAAUGAUUUAAACAACCGAUGGUUUGGUGGUCGUCCUGUUUAUGCAGAAUUGAGUCCUGUAACUGAUUUCCGAGAAGCUUGUUGUCGUCAAUACGAAAUGGGAGAGUGUACACGCAGUGGAUUCUGCAAUUUUAUGCAUCUUAAACCAAUUUCAAGAGAACUACGAAAAUACCUUUAUAGUAGACGAUCACGUAGACAUCGCUCUCGUAGUCGAUCCCGUGAUCAUGUAGGAACUCGUCGUACUAGAUCACCUUCUCCUAGACAUGGUCACCACCGUGGCGGUGGUGGUGGAGGUGGUGGUGGUGGUGGUGGUGGACGUCGUGAUCGUAGAUAUUAAUUUUACGUUAUUAGGUUUUCAUUUAAUUAAUUUAAAAUACAAUUAUACAUUUAUUUGUGUUUUAACCAAAACAACAUUUUUUAUCAAUAAAUUUUUACUUUUAAAAUUAAAAGUAAAAUCUUACUACAGUGUACGACUUCUUUUUAUGUAUUAUGUAUUAAAAAAAUUAAGUAAAAUAAAUAAAAAUUUAAAUACUUCAGUUUUAUAA